GAAGGCCGUAAGCGUCAGGUACUUACAUUUAUGCUUACGUUAUCAACAUGAGUAUCGGCAUGAGUGUCAGCAUGAGUAUCGGCAUGAUAAGUCAUACUGUUGACAUACUAAAAGAGGGUGUCUGACACUGCGAGAGGCUCAUAGCCGUUAUUGUCCGUACAGUUUAUAAUCGGCAAGAUGGCUUCUGCUAGUGUGGCUGGAUCCAAUGCCAUGAGCUUCCGUCCGUGCGGUCUAGCGAACCAGAGGGGGGUUUGUUACUCGAACGCUGUCCUACAAUGUCUGGCAAGGCUUAUCUGUCUGCACAGCCUACAGUCUCAGCUUAGGGAAGCCGGACACGAAAGAGCUGAUACAUGGUAUGCAGAGGUAGACAUCACAGAUCCAACUGCAGUAGAGAAACGACUAGGAAGAGCCUUAGGUCGAAUCAACCCGGCUAAAGACUGCCUCCAUGUGAUACGAGAGAUGCAGAACAAUCAAACAGUCCUUGUUUAUCCUUAUUAUUUCCAGGCUUCUCUGGCCGCCAAAGGAAGAAAGAGGGGAAGGCAAUUUGUAUCUGGUGGGGGUGCGUAUCCGUUUUGUUGGUUUCGAUUUGCUCUUGACGGCCUAUGUAAAGGUGUUAGGUUCAAAGGACAGUCUGAAACAGCUUCGCACGAUGUGGUUGAUAGCAUGUUCAAAGUCGACAGCUUGUUUGUCUGCACCUGCAGAGAGUGCUUCCGGACUGGAGUAAAACAGGACAAAAGUGCAACGGACUGGGGAUUACGGCUUGACCCCAAAGGAAAAGGGUUACCAAUACGCGCAGCACCACCCACAAGCAUCCAAAAGCUAGUGGAAGCGCGUCAAAGAAGUAUAGAAAGCACCAAAGAGCAGUGCAAAUCCUGCAGGAAGGUUACGAAGCAGUCCCGUACCUGGAACGGCCUAAGGCUAGCACCUAGAAUACUGUGUAUCGAGAUCAAGACUUAUGAGCGACUUAAGAGGGAUGGCAAAGAAGCGGAAUACAAGUUUCUCUUCUCAAAUAUCAUGCUUGACGGACAUAUUACGAUUCCUAUGGGGAAGGACGCAUCUAUGAAUUAUAUGCUCGACUCUGUUGUGAAGCUUGAGGGAAGAGAGCACGAGCAUGCGGUAGCCUAUGUGCAAUCUGAGGGCGAUACGUGGUGGAAAUGCAGCGAUGAAGACAUCACAGAGUCAACGCUCGCAGAAGCCCAACAGGGAUGUGAAGAUGAGCAGGUGUCCUUGCUCUACUACAGGAGGAAAGAUGGUUGA